GCGGUUUCCUUGGGGACGUGGCGCCGCUGGCGGCCAGGCCUCCUUCCGGCCGCUCUGGGAGCCACGGGUAACCGCUGAGGACCAGGCUGGGCUGUGAAGAGGGACAAGCGGGCCUCGGGAUCCCGCUUCAGCCUUAGGAGAUGCCGGGGACAAGGAAGCCACCCUCUCAGGGCAAAAGGAAAAGGAGGUGACAGACGUCGAGACUACUGAAGGGAACCCAUGGCUAGGAUCAGUUUUUCCUACCUCUGCCCAGCCUCCUGGUACUUCACUGUGCCCACAGUGAGCCCAUUUCUCCGUCAGCGGGUGGCACUCCUGGGGCUCUUCUUUAUACCCUGUCUCCUUUUACUUCUCUUAAUCAUGGACUUGGGACAUCGGGGCACUUCGUCAGCACGAGAUAGGCAGUACGAGAGGUAUUUGGCUCGGGUAGGAGAUCUUGAAGCCACCAACACCGAAGACCCAAAUCUGAAUUACGGACUUGUGGUGGACUGUGGUAGCAGCGGCUCCCGGAUUUUUGUUUACUUCUGGCCAAGACAUAAUGGGAACCCCCAUGACUUACUGGACAUCAAACAGAUGAGAGACCGAAACAGCCAGCCUGUGGUUAAGAAAAUCAAGCCAGGAAUCUCUGCAAUGGCAGAUACUCCAGAACAUGCCAGCGACUACCUGCGACCUCUGCUGAGCUUUGCCGCUGCUCACGUGCCUGUGAAGAAGCACAAGGAGACCCCCCUUUACAUCCUCUGCACAGCGGGCAUGAGGUUGCUCCCUGAGAGGCAGCAGUUGGCUAUCUUGGCUGAUUUAGUGAAAGAUUUGCCAUUGGAGUUUGACUUCCUCUUUUCACAGUCUCAGGCUGAAGUGAUCUCUGGGAAGCAGGAAGGAGUUUACGCAUGGAUUGGAAUCAACUUUGUUCUGGGACGAUUUGACCAUGAAGAUGAGUCGGAUGCUGACACUUCCCUGGACUCAGCAGCGGGACGCAGGAGGACAGUGGGGAUACUGGACAUGGGAGGAGCUUCUCUCCAAAUUGCCUAUGAAGUCCCUACCUCAACCUCUGUCCUUCCUCCCAAACAGGAAGAAGCAGCCAAGAUCCUGUUGGCUGAGUUCAACCUGGGCUGUGACGUGCAGCACACAGAGCAUGUGUACAGGGUUUACGUCACCACCUUUCUGGGCUUUGGAGGCAACUUUGCCCGGCAGCGCUAUGAAGACCUUGUGCUGAAUGAAACACUUAACAGAAACAGGCUGCUGGGCCAGAAGACAGGCCUGAGUCCUGACAACCCAUUUCUGGACCCCUGCCUGCCUGUGGGACUCACAGAUGUGGUGGAGAGGAACAGCCAGGUCCUGCAUGUCCGAGGGAAGGGCGACUGGACCACUUGUAGGGCGAUGCUGAGCCCCCUGCUGGCCCGCUCCAACACCAGCCAGGCCUCGCUGAAUGGCAUUUACCAGUCGCCGAUCGACUUCAACAACAGCGAGUUCUACGGCUUCUCUGAGUUCUUUUACUGUACAGAGGAUGUGUUGCGCAUUGGUGGCCGCUACCAUGGGCCAACAUUUGCCAAGGCUGCUCAGGAUUACUGUAGCAUGGCGUGGCCAGUGCUCGCGCAGAGAUUCAAGAAUGGCCUCUUUUCUCCACAUGCAGAUGAGCAUCGGCUCAAGUAUCAGUGUUUUAAGUCAGCUUGGAUGUACGAAGUCCUGCAUGAAGGGUUCCACUUCCCUUAUGACUAUCCGAACCUGCAGACGGCGCAGCUUGUGUAUGACCGAGAGGUGCAGUGGACGCUGGGAGCCAUUCUAUAUAAAACACGAUUCCUGCCACUCAGGGACCUUCGGCAGGGAGGUGUCCGGCAAGCCCAUGGCAGCUGGUUCCGUCUCUCCUUUGUGUACAACCACUAUCUCUUCUUCGCCUGUACCCUGGUGGUGCUGCUGGCCAUCAUCCUGUACCUGCUGCGCAUCCACAGAAUUCACCGCCGACAAACUCGAGCCGCGGCUCCAUUGGACCUGCUGUGGAUUGAACAAGUGGUGCCGAUGAUUGGGGUGCAAGUAGAGCCGUGAGGCUGGACCAGAACCAGAGAAACUCCAGAACCUUAGGACUGCUGCUUCCUGAAUUCCUCCACUUUCAUCAACUGGCCUCAGAUGCUGCUUUGGCCUGGGAAUUUCUACUUCUUUAAUUUUUUUUUUUUUUUUUUUUUUUUUUUUUUUUAGUGCCCAGGACAGGACCUUUUCUCAGAAGCCGUAAUGUAAUCUGUGAGGAACUAAGUGGCGAGAGGCCGGUGCUAACACAGGGGACCAAGCUUAACCCAAGUGAAGCAUGCUUCUCCUUUAUCACAGAAAGCCGGUGUGUUUCUGGGAUGUAGUAUUUCCCCCUCUUGCUGAAGCAAGUUUUUGAUUGGGCAACUGGAAUCAUGGUUGAAGCCAACUUGGAUCGACUGAUAGAGCCAGAGACAUUCCAGCAAGUGCAGUUGCCCCUGCUUUCUCUGUAACAGAGAUAUCCUUAUGUGGAGAUCCACAGCCUUGAAUAGGGACCCAAGAUCUCUGAGGUUCAGUGGACCAGGAUCUCAAGGCAACCAAAACGAUACGACUUCUUUGCUUACUUGACAUCCCUGACAGAGUAGCUGAUUAUGUUAUACAGAUCCGAGAGGCUGGACCCCUUUGAAGUGAAUGAUCCAUUGACGACCUGACAGUAUUUUAUCUGGCACUUGGUCUGACUAGUACAGAACACAUUUCCAUGGCCUCACAGGCUGCUGGGCAUCCACGUUGCCUUUUGAGCCGUACGCGUGCUUAUGGAACGGAGAAACUACCGGGGCAGGUUUGCCUGUUUGCCGGUUACUGUCUCAGCCAUAUUUUUCUGUGCAGAAAAUUCAAAGCAACUUCCCUCAUUUCACUGUUGAGAUCUUACGUAUUUUGGGAUGGGAUGUAUUUUGUUUUGUUUAAGGAAGAAUAGUAUCAAGAGAGUGGGCAAAGGCAGUAAAAUCAAAGUUGGGAUUUUGGGGGGGCUGCGGUUUUGAGACAGGGUCUCACUGUGUAUGUAGCUUUGGCUAUUCUGGAAUUCACUCUGUAGACCAGGCUGGCCUGAACUCAAACUCACAGAGAUCCUACUGCCUCUGCCUCCCAGGUGCCGGGUUUAAAGGCAUGUGCCACCAUGCCUGGCUUAAAAUCAAAGUUCUUACCUAUUUUUGGAAUUCUUGAAAGAGAGAAAAUUCUAAACUUUGGAAUAACUAGAUAAAUAUUCCAUGGAGCAGGCUGGCCAUUUGUUUGGACAUCUGUCACAAAUAGCACUUCCUUUACUGGGGAGAGGAAAGCCAUACCAUGUACUCAUCACAGCCUCUCAGAAACCGGUCCCUCUGCAGCCAGCCUUUCCGAUGCACAAAGUGUCAGCUCCUUCUGCCCCCAUGGACUCUUUAUUUCCCAUAGACCCAUGAGGGGCCUGCCUGGGAUGGUUCCCAGGGCAGAAAUAGUAGCUUGAUUUCUUUUUGGGAGUACGGCAAGUUUCUUGAGGCCAAUUUUUUAGGUAGCCAAGGCUAGCCUUGAACUCCUGAUCCUCCUGCCUCUGUCUCCUCGAAGUGCUGGGUUUAAAGGUGUGCACCACCAGACCUCUCAAAGUGUUGGGUUUAAAGGUGUGCACCACCAGACCUCUCGAAGUGCUGGGUUUAAAGGUGUGCACCACCAGACCUGGCUCAUUUCCAUUUCAUUUUGCCAAAGCCUUUUAUUUGUAGGGUUAGAAUAGAGAAAACAAAUUUAAAUUUAAAGAAUAAAAAUAGACUUUGAAAACAGAUUCCAUACUGGGAACAGAAAAGAAAUACUUUAUGAAAUGGGAAAAACUAAGAUGGCCCUAGGGCUAACUAAGCCAAGGUGAAGAUAAAUAAGUAGUUAGGCAAGUUCUAAAUUAUUUUCUUCCUUUCUUUUGAGGCAGGGUCUCAUUAUGUAACCAGGCUGGCCUGGUACUCAAUGAUCCUCCUGCCUCAGCCUCCCGAGUGCUGUGAUUAUAGCUCUGCACCACCGUGCACAUCAGAUAAGUAGUCGUCUGUCAAAGAUGCUUUCACUCUUACAUAUUUUACUUUCCAUCAGGACUAUGUCAUUGACAUUUCUUUUCAGAUUUAAGAUUCUCUUUAAUUCUAUUUUUUAUGCCCUAUGAGUGAGCCUUUGCCUUUUUAAUGCUGCUUUAAAAUGACAAAAAUGUCCUUGCUAGCCAUUCGCCUCCUCAGGGAACUUUGCGUUUCAUCUUGGUUUCUAUGUACCAGUUUUGGUGUUCUUGGGAGACCUUGUUAACAGUGGCUGUGAUUCAUGAGCUUAGACUGAAGCUGGAGGGAGGAGGUAUGCCGUCCAGUUUUGAAGCCCUCCUUACCGAAUUUACUCUUCACCCUGAUGGUACCAAUACCUACCAUUUGUUAAGCACUUACUUUGUAUUGCUCUUUAGAACGUUACGUGAUCUUUGUAUAUUAUUUAAUCAUGCAGCCUUUUGGAUUGAUAAACCCUACAUUCUUUUUAUAGUUGAAAAAAAAAAUCUCAGGAUGCCUAUCUUUAUCAUUUUCCAAUAUAAAUAUAUUUCUUAAUUUAUUUUAAUUAGUCUGAGUUUUUGUUUUGUACAUUAUAUCCUAUUUACUGUUUUAAUAUUAUGAGAUUCAGACUUUAUUAACAUAAGACUUUGUUACAUGGUUGAGAACUGAGCACAUUGCUCCUGACUGGUCCUAGGUUUCCCCAUCACGCCCAUUGGGUGACAUCAUUUCACUAGCCAAGGUUGAUGACUGGUCCUGGGUUUCCCCAUUACCCGCACUGGGUGACGUCAUCUUGUUAACCAGUUUUCAAUCCAUCUGUUUGAGUGGUUUUUUUUUUCUUUUAAAAAAUACUUUAGGUUUUACUUUUAAGUAAUUAGCUUAACUUUGCACAAUUUUUUCCCUAACCACAACAUUCCAAUAACAUAAUUGCAAUCUGAGUGAAGGUACAAAUGCCUAAUAGAGCUCUCUACCUCAUUACAGAACUUGGUGGUGAUUCUUGGGCAGUUUCCAGAAUGGGACUUGUGUGACUUCAUUUCAGUUGGGAGUAGCAGCGGCUGGUUCAGAGUCUCCUAGUUUGUGCUUAGCUUCAGCCUUGCUGUCUGGACGAUGGACUUCUGCCAAACUUGUAAGAACUUGAUCGGUGUCACAAAAGUUGGUAUGUUCAAAAGUGAGGGCUCAGAACCAAGCUUUGGCACCUGUGACUAACAACAGAGUAACGAACGAAUGUACUGAAUUCAAACACUUUUAGGAUGUUCUGAAUUCUGAGUGGCUCUGUCCUUGGCUGCCACCUUGCUCCUAACUUGGGUCUGAGCUAACUGGGAAAGCCCUUGCACUUGGGUUCCUGUCAGUCCUGGAGUCUCUGGAGGUGGCUCAUUAAGGCUCUAUUUUGAGCAUCUUUGUCUUAUCUUAUAUCCCAAUAGGCUGCCAUUGUAGUAUUUUACAUUCCCCUUUGCCCUAGUAGUUCAUUCUUUUUGUUCGUUAAUACUAUUAUUAGAAAGACAGAGGAAAACCACGCACCAACAGACCAUUUGUCUUUUGGAAAUAUGAGCAAUAGAGAGACCUUUUAUAUAGUAAUGUGGAAUUAAUUGCUCAUAUAUAAGGGCUUCCAUUUUUUCAAUUAUGAGACCAUUGUUCCCAUUUUUUAUAAAAACUAGAGUUGAAAAUGUUCUGAGUAAUAGGAUGUUUAGUCAUGCAUGCAUGGCGGACAAGCUUGACGAUGUGUCUACUUCUGAGCCCUCCUGAACGUAGGCCAACUGCUGACAGACACCCCACCCCCAAGAGCCUGCUGUCCGCGCCCUCUGUUGUGUUACUCUCUGUUUGCUGUAAUGAAACACCUGAGAUCAUUCAUAAGGAGAAAAGAGUUGUUUGAUUCACAAGUUUUAGAGGUCAAGUGUUCCCUUUGCUUGUGCCUGUGAUGAAGAAGUGCAGUUUGGCAGGCGUGGGUAGCAAAGCAGAAUUGCUUAGCUCAUGGCCAGGAUGCAAGAGAGGAUGGAGUUGGGAGUCUCACAUGUCCUCCAGUGACUUAAAGACCUAUAAAGCUGUGCCUACAAGGACCCACCACCUCCCAAUAAUGCCACCCUGGGGCCACGCCUUUAACAAGUGGGCCUUUGGAGGACAUCCCAAAUCUAAGCUACAGCAUGAUUUGAAGGCAGUCGUGGCGAUUCCUAAGCAGCCCACCCCAUGGAGCACAUUCCAAGUGUGGCCCCACUAGCAGCACAGGGUCUGCUCUUUAGCUUCUUCAGGCCGCUCGGCCAGUAGGGAUCCUGAGUACUCUGACUGCUAGGAUUUCUGCUUCAAGUUCUCCUUCCACACUUUAUAUCUAUUGAAGCUGUAAAGCAUCUGCCUCAUCUUCUCCAUGAUUUCUACCUUUAGUGUGGUCUCUGUGGUGGCCCUGGCAUCUCCAUGGUGACCUCGAGCCGGACGUGCUGCACCGUGCUGUUUCGGGUGCCUGGGACUGCUUUCCAGAUGCUUCACAUUCAGUAAGAAUUCUGUAGAAUUCCUACAUUUCAUGAAUCGUUCUGGAUAUUCUGAUAAACACGAAGCUUAUAAACAGAAAAUAGGCAAUGUCAUUGGAAUGGUGACUCAGUCACCCUCAUGUGGGGGCAUAGCUCUGUGUCACAUAUGCCCACAUAUAACCCACCAUUCACCGUAGGACCAGAAGGAAGGCUGCAGGGAAACUGGCAUCAUGAUUCUCCAGUUGGUCUCUGUGACCAACUUCACUCUUGGCAGUCAUUAACCCUGCCACAGUAGAAGCAUAUCUCAGUGUAGGUCAAAGACAGAAAUCUGGGCCACUGAGACAGUUCAGCAGGUGAGACCACAAGCCUGGCAACCUGAGUGUGACUCCCAAAACCCACACAAAGAUGGAAGGAGAGAACCAACUCACAUGACUUGUCCCCUGACCUCUGCAUGCACAUGCAUGUACACAGUGUAUACUCCCCGUCAUAUGCACACACAAUAAUAAGUGAAUUCUUACAAAGAUUAAAUGAUGUCAUAAGAGUUAUGUCCUGAUCAACCCAAUGGGGCUCGUAAAAGAAAAAAAAAAGAUCCUGGGUUAGCUG